AGCAGCACGAGGAGGAGAAGGACCCAUUGUCUAAAGAUUACUGGGUCCAGUCUCGCUGGUGGCUCUGCUCUUUUCCAAGCAGCCCACCACACUGGCAAAUUGAUGUUAGAAACAAAUUUCUCGAAAUUAGUAAAAGGAGAAAGAGCCAUAUAAGAUGAAAAUGGAAGAAAGAAAGGUGAAUUAUUAAGAUUUCGUUGCUCUCUAUUUCAUCAUAUGUGCAUUUUAGUGGAAAAAGGAGGCAUCUUUCGUCAGUUUGGCUCAAUAAGGUGGAUACAUACAUUAAAAGUGGUAUGGUUAUUGGGUUGGGGUCUGGCCUAGCUUCAGAUAUGGCCAUACAGUAUAUAGGUCUGCAACUUGGUGCAGGUGCUCUAAAAGAUAUAGUGGGGAUACCAAUGUCCAUAGCAUGUGCAAGUGAGGCGGCAAAGGCAGGAAUUCCAUUGGGUCACUAUGAGUAUUGUUCUCAAAUUGAUUUUGCAUUUGAUGAUGCUGAUAUUAUAGAAGAAGGAACACUUAUAUCUGUCAUUGGGCGAACAAGAAAUCAGGGAGAGGAGUCCAUAAUCCAAGAGAAGUCUAUACUAAACGGAGCCAAUAAGCUUGUGUUCAUGAUCACAGAAAACCAGUACAAAAGUGGUCCGGAUGGUUCUAUUCCAGUUUUAGUGAAUUCUCUCAACUGGCUGCAAGCUGCUGAAGAGAUUGAUGACCUUUUUUUAGGUGAUGCAGAGGUAUGGAGGAGACCAUCAAUUGGGAUCGCGGGUCCUAAUGGCGGUGACUUCCCACUAGUCACCAAAGAAGGCCAUAAUGUUCUUGAUGUCAUAUUUACAUCUCCAAUACUAAGCCUCAAUGAAGUAUCGAAGAGCCUUGAUGAAGUUGAUGGGGUCAUAGACCAUGGAAUCAUUUCCAAGUUCCCAUGCACAGCAGUAAUUGCUUCAGAAAGUGGGCUGUCUGUUGUUGAUAAUCUGCCAAAGAAUGCUGUAAAGGAACCCUAAUAGCAGGAGCCUGCAUUGCACGCUUACAUGAUCGUUCGGUAUUGUUUCUGCACAUAAGCCUGCAUUGCAUACAGAACACAUUUUUAUAUUUUUGCAUUGCCAUACGAUGGUGUAGUACGCAUAUUACUUGUAUCCAUUCUACUUAUGUAUAUAGCACAUGUAAGGCAGUGCUGGUGGCAGUCCAUGUAGCAUACCAGAUAUGUUUUAUUUGAUGAAAAGGAUGGCACUUGAGUUGGACAAACAUGACCAACCUGAAUUUUAGGCAACUGGGGGAAGUAGUAGUUGAUAA